GAAGCUGUAGGUCGUACACCGUGAUGCGCCCAAAGAAGUCCGAACUCUCCUCAAACACUACUCUAAGGCUGCGCACGCCGUCCGAGACCCCGUCCGCCGGGAGAUCAAAGCCCUGCUUCCGGUUUACGUCUUCUGGAUAGACUUUUGUCCACAGCUGCCACUCGGGCUUCUCCUCUUCUGCAGCAACUUCGAGCGAGCAUCUGGUGCCCGCAAAACCACCUUGGAAAGUUAGAUGGAUCUUCUUGGGGACCACGCGGAUGGUGAAGGUUAGCUGGACGAACUGUGGCGUUCCCUGGGGAAUUGGAAGUUAACGUCUCUGGACUGCCAUCCGUGAGGUAUUUCUUGCCUACAGACUUGUCCAGAGUCGAGCUUACUCUGCAGCCGGCCUUCUGCAUCAAGUCGCCCAUGUCGAACGCCGCACGAGGUUCCUUGCUGCCUGCCCUCCCUCGUCUACGUCGAUUGAACCACAGAGAGCGCGACCAAGGCUGGCUAUGAGUGAAGAUCUCCACGUGGUCUCUCGUCGCUCGUGGCGUCAUUGGCGCUUAGCAGCUUUCGCCAAGUGUACAGCUCCAUCCACUUAUAAGAGCCCGCCUUACCCGAGGCCCUACUCCAUACGAUCCCUUGCCACCAUGCCCACCUCCACGAAUACCGCCACCUCCCUCCCAGAAUGGCUAGAGCACGCUCAGAAAUUUGGCCAUCUGGCCACCGUGCUCCAAGUUCUAACGAAGCGUGAAAAGGAGAGGAUCGCUCUUAGCAACGCCUCACGCCACAAGAGCAAUCCAUCGAGAACUCAUCGUAUCACGCACCUUCCCUCGACACUCAUCAAAAACGACGAAGCCGUCAAGCACUACUCGAUAUCGGUGGCCUGCCAUCCAGAUCACAUAAAUUACAAUCGCUACACGGACGUAACGCCCUACGACCGCACCCGGGUUAUCGUAGGGCACAAUGGGCUGGAAGAGCCGUCGGGGAGGUAUCUCAAUGCAAGUUGGGUGCGAGAACUGGCCGGAGGAAAGUGGUGGAUCGCGUCGCAAGCGCCGUUGCCGGACACUAUACAUGCAUUCCUCACAGUCAUCCUUGAACCCAUUUCCCCUCCGCCCGCCGUCGCGCAAAAUAUUCAGCCUAUCACAGGCUCCAUCAGUCGAGUGCGCACCGUCGUGCAGCUCACACGAGACGUCGAGAGCGGGAUGCGCAAAGCGCACGCAUAUAUCCCACCCAACGUCGGCGACUCGUGGGUCUCUGCGUCCGAGCCCGGCUGCAAUGCGAAGCCGCUGAAAAUCACACUGCUGGACGUCGCCCAGAUAAAUGAGGCACACUGCCUGCAAAGCACCGUCUCAAUACAACCGCUCAAGUCCAUGAACGCGGCGGACGCCGUCGGCGAGCCCGUCGUCUUCAAGCACAUGCUCUUCUCGUCUUGGCCAGACCACAGCGUGCCACAGCCCGAGGACCGCGCCGCGCUACUUCGUUUCCUGCACCUCGUCGACCAGACGAACCGCGACCUAUCCUCACAGCCUGCCGCAGCGCGCGACAGCCUCGAUCCCGAUCCGCCGAUCAUUGUCGGCUGCUCUGCGGGCAUCGGCCGCACGGGCAGUUUCAUCGCGCUCUCGUCCCUCCUGCGCGCGUACCGCUUCCUCCUUCCUCCUUGCUCGUUCCUGCAUGAGCCGAACCAGGAGCUGCCACCGCUUGAGCCGAGCCUACUGGGUCCUCUGCCCGAAGAGGUGCGCGAGGACAGGGUCGCGCAGGAGGUCGAUGCGCUGAGGGAGCAGAGACCGGGCAUGGUACAGAGGCCCGACCAGGUGCAGCUCAUCUUUGAGUGUUUGAUGAUGGCGUUUGCGACACAGAAGCCUGUGGAUCCGUAGGGUUCUUACCUUUGUUAUGUACGCUAACCUUGUGUGAGCGAUUAUGUCCUUCAUUUGAAGACCCAAAUCCAUUAAACCUUAUACUAAAUUACUUCUUUGUCCUGAU